GUGACAACAGGUGCUGAUAAGGAGAUACUCGAUAUAGGAGGGAUGUACUUUCUAUCUGAUAGCUAAUUUAAUUACUGUCGCAAGUGCAUUGGAUGACCUUCUUUCACUCAAGUUUGAAACUUCUAGAAAGACGAUGUACUUAGUUAGCGAUGGCGGCCGAAGGAAAUGGUUAUAGUAGUGAUGAAACGGAUAUUUUGGAGGACGAUUAUAGAAGGGGCAAGCAGAAAGAUACUCCGCUAUGGGACUCAUUCCAGGAUCCUCCUAUUUCGAACACUACCGGGUCUUCUGCCACGUGGCGCAAAUUCCAAAUUGUCAUAAAAAUUCUGAAAAUCCUUGUGUAUAUUUUUGUGUUUGCAGUGAUUUUAUCGACAAGUGUUAUAUCAAAAUUAAGUUUGUUACUUGUGAUAGCCCAUCUCAUGCCUGGAAUGUCCGUUCGAUAUUGUGAUAUCAGACAUCCUAUGAAUGAAUAUUAUGCAAUUAUACCGGAAGAGUUGCGGGUGGCUUUCGUGUGGUUGUUAGUUUUCGCCUUUGCAGCCCCGGAACUUUUUACCUUCCUGCGGGCGGCUCGGAUAUGUUUUUUCAAGAACAUUAGAGUGCCGAAGACUGGUGAAGUUUUGUUGGUCGGAAUCUUGGAAUCAAUGCACGUAGUUGGGCUCACGAUUCUGCUUUUCUUUGUGCUACCAAAGAUGAAUUCCAUCAAGGGGCUGAUGAUAAUGAAUAGUCUCUGCAUUGUGCCAGGUGUACUCGGACUUCUGUCAGGACUUGAUUGUUGUUCGUGUCGGUCAAUUGUACAAUUUUUCCUAAGCGGUCUGGCAAUUUGUUUACAAUGCACAGUUUUUCUGGUCUGGCCGGUAACUGACCAUGAACCGAGCCUUUGGGCUAUUGUGCCAGCAGUUAUUUUGAUAUCAUUUCGAUGGUGGGAAAAUUACAUAUCAGCAUUCAGCAUUUUACCUCCGCUUAGACGUUUGGCGAAACUCCGGGAAAAGUUAACUCAGUCCCGAUAUUACAUGUAUCUAUUCAUUUCACCAUGGAAGGUUUGGUUGUUUUUCAUAACAGGAAUUCUUAUUGAUGGGAAAGGAUUUUCACAUUAUUUUACAAAUUUUUUGAAAGGAUGGCAGGAGCAUCAGAUACAGAUUCAAAUGAAAACUCCUUUGUACACCGAUACCGAAUGGCAAUAUAACUAUGAUCACGUGAUUAAUUCAUCUCCAAUGGCUCUCGUUUGGAUACUUUUCGCACAUGUUGGCUCAUCUUAUCUUUGCUAUAUCUUUUCGAAAUUCGCAUGCAAAAUUAAGAUUCAAGAGUUCAGCUUUUCCUUGCCAUUAAGCAUUUCCACUCCAGUCGCAAUUGUUGUUUUUGUGAUUCUAUGCGGAGUGCGAGAUGGAAAUGUAUGCGCUUAUCACGAUGUCUUCCCAGAUUACUUAUUUCUGCAAAAUCCAACGAUUUACAAUGUCUUCGAUUAUAUAUUCAGUCAUUAUAUGUGGGUGUGGCCAUUGUGGUGGAUGUCGCAAACCUGGAUCACGAGGCACAUUUGGUAUCCUCAGAAUGAUAGGAAUGCGUCCACUGAGAAAUUAUUCAUUGUACCGUGGUAUUCGACUUUUGUGAUUGACCAAUGUAUAAUGAUGAACAGGCGAAGACAGGAUCAAGAGGAUUAUGUGGUGAAUAUGGACUCCGUAACAUUCAAAGACCCCGAGGCAGAAUACGACUCAUCCACAGAAACGUCUGAUAUACGUCCGUCUGAUAAGAUCCCGCAAGUCAUGAUAUGUGCUACGAUGUGGCAUGAAACUAAGGAUGAGAUGAUGGAAUUCUUGAAAUCCAUAAUUCGAUUAGACGGAGACCAAUGUGCAAGGAGGCUAGCAAGGAAAUACAUUCAGUCGGACAAAUCGUAUUACGAUGACGAGUAUUAUGAGCUAGAAACGCAUAUUUUCUUCGACGACGCAUUCAUAACCGACCCAGACCGCUGCAAUACAUUUAGAGAUCCUCCAUUGAAUGAAUACGUCAAACUGCUCAUAGAUAACAUUGAAGAAGCUGCCACUAAAGUAUAUCAAACCAAAAUGAGUAUUGAACCGCCGACCAAAAUUAGGACACCGUAUGGAGGACGACUAGUCUGGACAUUGCCGGGUCGCACAAAAAUGAUAGCCCACCUCAAAAACAAGGACAGAAUUCGUCACAAGAAACGCUGGUCGCAGGUCAUGUACAUGUACUAUUUGCUAGGAUACCGGAUUAUGCAAAUGGACGCUUCACCUCAACGCAAAAUCCUUAUAGCGCAGAAUACCUACUUGCUAGCUUUGGACGGUGACAUUGAUUUCCAACCGCAGGCAGUGCAGCAGCUAAUUGGCCGCAUGAAGGUUGAUCCCGACUUAGGAGCGGCAUGCGGACGAAUUCAUCCGGUUGGAAAGGGACCCAUGGUUUGGUACCAAGUGUUUGAAUAUGCUAUCGGCCAUUGGUUGCAGAAAGCAACUGAACACGUUAUAGGAUGUGUCCUGUGCAGUCCGGGAUGCUUUUCCUUGUUCCGAGGUAGAGCUCUUAUGGAGAAUAGCGUUAUGAAAAAAUAUACGACGACGUCAAGUGAGCCAAGGCAUUACGUACAAUACGAUCAGGGUGAGGACCGUUGGCUGUGUACUUUGCUCCUGAAACAAAAGUUCCGCGUCGAAUAUUCUGCAGCGUCUGAUGCAUACACACAUUCGCCCGAAGGAUUCAAUGAAUUCUACAAUCAACGACGUAGAUGGGUUCCAUCGACUAUUGCCAACAUAUUGGAUUUGUUGGGCGAUGCAAAGACGAUUGUGAAGAACAACAACAGCAUUUCCAUGCCGUAUAUCUUCUAUCAGGGAAUGCUAAUGGCCGGAACGGUUUUGGGACCAGGAACUAUCUUUCUUAUGAUGGUUGGUUCGUUAGUGGCAGUUUUCAGUAUUGACAUUUGGACUUCGUUUCUGUGGAACUUUAUUCCGGUUUUGUCGUUUAUGGUGAUUUGCUAUUUUUGCAAACAGAAAUAUCAGCUAAUUGCAGCCUUUGUUAUCAGCUCGCUCUAUUCAUUGGUUAUGAUGGCCGUACUUAUUGGUAUCAUUAUUCAAGUUAUGGAUGAUGGUAUUCUGUCCCCAGCGUCACUUUUCUUUGUGGCUGUUGCAGCUCAAAUUGUGGUUACAGGUCUCAUGCAUCCUCAAGAAGCCGGAGCGCUCCUCUAUGGUGUGGUUUACUACAUUACUAUCCCAUCCAUGUAUUUGCUCCUCCUAAUUUACUCACUCUUCAAUAUGAACGAUGUUUCAUGGGGAACUCGAGAGAAUCCUCAGCCUGCUGCUGCUAAGAAGGCUGAAACCAGCAAAAAGAAGCAAACACGAUUCCAAAAGCUAUUCAACUUCCUAAAACCUAACAACGAAGAGGAGGGUGCCUUGGAUAUCUCAAUUUCAGGAUUCUUUCGUUGUAUGAUGUGUACACGUCCGAAACCCAGCGCCGAACAGGCACAGCUCAUGCAUGUAGCGGACCAACUUUCCGAGUUGAAUACCAAACUGAGAGCCCUAGAGUUGAAAUUGUCUGGAGACAUUGUUGUAAUGAUGCCGGACGGUAAAUUGGGUAAACCAGAAGAGAAGCCUGAGGACGAAGAAGAGAAAAAAACCGAAUUUCUACCAAGUUGGCUGGACGACCCAAGUCUGGAGUAUUGCAAAGUCGAUUCAUUAUCAAAAGCUGAAAUAAACUUUUGGACGAGUCUUAUCGACAAGUAUCUGAAGCCACUGGAUAUGUCGCCGGGCGCUAAGGAAAAAGUCAGCAAGGAACUACGUGGACUACGUGAUGUGGCGGUUUUUGCUUUCGUCAUGAUUAACGCUCUAUUUGUUCUCAUCGUUUUCCUGCUACAAAUUAAGAAGAGCUACUUGCACAUCCGUUGGCCCUUCAACGCUGUCAAUACGAUUGCUUUCAACGAUAAGACCAUGGAAAUCACCAUCUACCAGGAACACCUGGAACUGGAGCCAAUUGGAUCCUUGUUUGUAUUGUUCUUCGGUACGAUUCUGGGCAUCCAAUUUUGCGCUAUGUUGGUUCAUCGCUUUGGAACUAUCUCACAGAUACUUGCAUCGACUUCAUUGAACUGGUACUGCUGCUCGGCUGGAGGCGGUGAUGGUAUUAAAGACGAGCUUCGAGGCGAUGCAUACGAUAUUGCGAAAGCAUUGCAGCAACCAAAAAUCCAGUUUGAUGAUGACGAUUCAGACGCGGAGCAGGAAGAGCCCGUGCGCCGUGCUACUAUUCAUAAACUACUUAUGGAUCAGACGAAAUCGCUCAACUGGAAUAACUUGGAAGUGAACUUCAAGAGACGAUUCUUUAAAGAAGAUAAAAUUAAACUCGGCCGGAUUUCAGUGAGCCGAAAGUCGUUAGCACUCUUCCAGGAUUUGCGAAAGUCCCACAUUGAGGAAAGGAAACGUAGAAAGACCAUAAAGGAGGAUAUACAACGUCGAACAAUUAUCGCCAAUCAACAGCUAAUGGCCGAUUCAAAUUCAGUCUACGCAUUCGACAAUCCAGGAUUUACACCGUCACGAUUCGAUCUGGAUGAUAUUGAAUUGAUUGAAAAAGGUCAAAGGACGCCUAUACCAACUAGGAUUUCAGAGGAUUCUAUAUAAGGUUAUAUCCAGUAGUUUAGAUAUGUUUUUAGAUGUCUUUGAGGCUUGUGUAAUAUUAAAGGAAAUAGGAGCAGUUUAUUUCCUCCAUUUUUUACUCCUUGUAAUAAAUCCUCUCAGAAAACAGUUGGAGAAACGAAGCACCAGCUCCAAGGUGAAAUUUUGAUUGUCUGGUGCUAUCCUUCCCAAUUUCAAGGGAUUUAAUCCCAGAUUAUUUCUCUAGUAAUUUAUGGAUAUUUUCCUUUAUCUUAAAACGGGCUUUGGUAGUAAAGACAUGUCGAAAUAUACUCGAACUGAAUAUCCUUGCAAAAUCCUUGUUUAAGUUGAUAUAGCUAUUGUGGUACUCAAAAUGUAAACGUACUGUACACGGUCUAAUGCACACAGAUAUAGAUAAAUA